AAUAAAUAUGGGCCAUUAUGUAACAAACACAACAAUAUGAAAAUUGAUACAUGCUGCAGUAGCUCAGUAUUUUCGUUGUAUAUUGAACAACAGUUUUUCUUUUUCUAUUAGGCCAAGUACGUAUUUAAUAAUUUAAUAAAUGUUUAAUUAAUACAUCGAACAAAUUGCUUUUGAUUUUAUUUUGGUCGUGCCAACUUCUCAAAUUGCCAAAUUGUAAACUAAAGCUGAGAUAUCAAGAAGAAAAAACUACUGAACUUUAAUUAAUAAGAAUAACUUUUAUGCUACCACACCAUAUCACUCGAGCUGCAGUUCAUAAUAUCUACUGUAUUCAAUGGAAAAAUACAAGGCAAGCUCAUAAUUGAAUUUUUUAAUAUUUUAAUUGUUUAUAUAUAUAUUGUUAUUCUGUAUACAUUUAUGAAUUAAAUCAAUUGAAAUUGAAUAUCUUUCUAACACUACUGGAAUUAUCGUUCUUAUGUCAUAUAAUUUAUCUGCUACAACAUAGUAGUGAAUAAAUCAUAAACAUGUUUCAGUUUACAAUUAUUUCAUUAAUUAUUAGCUUUGAAGUAUAUAGCGGUUUUGCUUAUCAAUGUCCUAAAUCAAUUCCAUAUUCAGAAAUACCUGGAUUAUCGAGAAUAAGUUUACCUGUUUCAAAUGCGCUCUACCAUUUUAGAAUCGAAAACGAAUUUCUAAUAGAUUCUCGUGGUAGGACAAGAUAUGUUUGCGUGGAAAUUACACCAGAAACAUACGCAUUACGGAAUAAGUCAACAAAAUACGAUAGUGAUCUAUAUGUCCAAACUGGAGGAGAUUAUAAAGAACAUAUAAUAGCACAUUCCCUUGGGGGAUCAAAUGAUUCUCUGAAUAUAUUUCCACUUAACCAAAACUGUAAGUCGAGACUCCUUAAUAAUAAUUUUGAGCAAAAACUUGAAGGAUUACUUACUGAACAUUCACGAAUAACAUAUGUAGCUGAACUCGAAUACGCAUAUAAUAUGACUGAUAUGCGGCCAACUCGCAUAAACACAUUAUAUAUAGACGAAAAUGAAAAUAUUCUAAAAUCUGUAAGGACGAUAAAUUCACCACCUUACACAUCCUGUAAGACAGUAAAUCAAGAAUAUCCCACAAAACACAAAAGGUCUUUUAUCGAAAUUUUUAAACAUACCGAAAAUUCAACAAAAAGUGUAAAUUGCUUGGACGGUUGUAGAAGGUCAGAAUGUUGGUCAAAAGUUGAAGAUCGUGAUAAAAAAUGCAGUUCGCAUCAUUUUCAUUCAGUACAUGCUAAUUCACUUUGUGUUGGUCAGUGGUGUUAUUGUUGCUCUUACUAUUAAAAAAAAAUAAUAUAUUGCAUUAUUCAUAAUGGUAUAUUUUUUUCGUAUGAAGUUCAAUGGUCUCUAAUAAGUAUUGAUAUAUUACGAAUUAACCAAUCAAUGAAAUAGAUAAUAACACUGAUCAACUUAUAAUAAUUACAAUAUC